AUGGCUUCUGCAGAGUUCUAUGAUGUCAGCAGUGAUAAUUUUCCGACAUGUCACGUUUGCGGUAACGAGUUUGCCGACCCGCGCGUCCUCCCAUGUUACCACACUUUCUGUCUGGGUUGCAUUGCCCAGCAGGUGGCAGCGGAUGGGACGGGAGAGGACCGCAUCAAGUGUCCAGUAUGCGACCACGGGACCUCCGUUCCAGCAGGUGGACUGGAAAAACUUGACCGGAACUCCUUCUUGACCAAGGCGAAGGACUUGGUGUUGACAAAAGCGAGUGAAGGUGAAACGUGCGGAAAUUGUGAGUCGCAAAUUGCUGAGUCUUAUUGCCAAGAUUGCAGGUACUUCUUUUGCCAAAACUGCCGAGACAAACAGCAUAACUGCAUGAAGAUUCUAGGUGGACACAGACUAAUCCUCGUGUCGGAAUUGACCAGAUCUCACACUCACCAAGGGUCACUCAUCAAGCAGCUUAAAGCGUUCGUGGACGCGACCCUGCUAUGCGAAAACCACGAUGGAGAGAAGCUGGCAUUUUACUGUAAAGAUGACGACAGUGUUGUAUGUCGGGAAUGCAUUGUCACAAAACACAAACUUCACGACUGUGUGGAUAUUGCAGAUGAAUCACUCGCACAGAAGGAGAUGUUAGAAGAAGCCAUUAAAGUUCUGCUUCAGAAUGUGCAUACAUUUGAAAAUGCCGAGGAAGCACUAAACACACUGCAGAAAGAUACAGAAGAUAACAAAAGCAAUGUCAUGUCGAUCAUGAAACAACAAGUUUUAGAAACUAAAAGAGAGCUGGACACCACUUAUGAUGAAUUAACAAGAAAGGCAGAGGCCCAUGCCACAACUCAAAUCGAGAUCCUUCAGUCUGAAAAAGAUCGCAUUCACCUGCAGAAGGUAGCCAUUGACAGCGUGUGUGGGUUUGCCAAGCAGCUUAUCCAACAUGGAACCGACACAGAGGUGAUGGCACAUGCUAAGAACAUACAGGUCAGAAUGACAGAGAUGAAGAAUCUUACUCCCAGCCCACCAACCGAAACCGCUGAGCUGAUUUUCAUCAAAGGAACUCUUCCAGUCUUAGGAACUCUGAAAGAGAUCCAGCCGGCUCCCCAGAUGUCACCAUGUGCACCAUGUGAGCAAGUUUGCUCUGAAGCAAGAGAACAAGUAAAAUCAGUUAAGUGGCUGCAGACUGCGUGUUUGGUAGGCAGAUUCACUUGCAAGUUGUCAAGUUUGUGGAACAUCACAUGCUGUCACAGCGGGGAUGUUUAUUUGGUUUCUGGCCUUCGCGGUAAACUCGAGGCAACAUCGUCAUCUGGCGAGGCGUUAUUUCAUGUUCAUAUCCCCGACCCCAGGGGUGUCACUGUCCUCAAUAACGACAGGCUGGUAGUCACAUGUAAGGAUGGAUACCGGGUGUAUACUACCUAUGGUAAACUUAGCCACACAUUUGGUCAGAGCGAUAUGUCCAAGCCAUGGGGUGUUACAGUGGACAACCACGGUCACAUACUUGUCUGUGAUGUGGGAAACACCGAUAAACACAUUUGUGUGUACGACUCCGUCAAAUAUAGUCUGAUGAAAAAGAUCAGGCUUCUUGCCUGCAGAGACCCUUGUUACAUUGCAGUUCUUCCAGCAAAUGACGUCAUUGUGGUGAGUGACUGUAACGAACACUGCGUAUACGGGGUGACACCCCAGGGUCAUGUUGUGUUUCAGUACGGGCACCCUGGGAAUCAAGGCUCCGGGGACGGAGAGCUCUACCACCCCUAUGGACUGUGCACGGAUAACUUUGGACACAUCUUCAUUGCAGACCAGUGGAACCACAGGGUCGUCGCUUUGGACUCGGAUGGUCAGUUUUUGAGACACGUGGUUAGUAAACCUCAAGUCGAGCGGCCAGUGGCUGUGGCGGUUGACCAUAGAGGACAUCUUCUGGUGGCGGAAUAUGGAGGACGGGUGAAAACGUUUAGUUAUGUUUGUUGA